AUGAAUCCCUUGGAAAAUGACACAUCCCUUUCCUCGACCGUUAAGGACCAUGAUAAGUCAUCGCACAAGUCGAAACAAUCAACACCUACUUCGAAUCAAUCUGAACGACUACCGUCUGUCCGACGUCAGAGUUGCCUGUAUAGAGACAGAUCUCCAGUGGCCGAAGAGAGCUCUUCAGACACAGACGAGAGCUAUUUUGAGAAAGACCGGAGGUCGGGGUGGCAAAAAAUACCCCGUCCUGCUGCCCGGGACGUGUUUCAUCCUGAUUACCCCUUCACCAUAAAAGACCCAUAUGUUCAGCCACAGGAAGUCCUACCCCUUCCAAACUUUACCUAUACCUACAGAAGCUUUGAGGGAUUUUGCGAUUAUAUGUUUCCCACAGAGCCGGAUGAUAAAGUCUCUUGUAUGACUUCCGGCAUAGAACGUUGGGUCAACGAUUACUGUGGAUCUUCAGAGGACAUCGAAAACAGAAUGACUGCAGAGCAGAAGCAAGCUGUACUUGAUUUUUUGGGAGAUUGGUGCCUCUACAAUGACUGGGACUCGCUGAUCGCCACAUUUCCCAACCAACGCUUUCGAUUCCAUACAUUCACCCAGGCCGUCAUCAUGAAGGAUAUCUUUCAGAGUCUUGUCAAGAAUCCGUUCUACUAUAUGGAUUUAGACAAUCAUUGGGACGGACGCUUAGAGACUCUUCCACCUAUAUAUGGAAAGGAGCUAUAUCAAUAUUAG